UUUGAUAAUCGUGUUCACAUUAUGUUAAUAAUUGCCUCAUAUACAAUGUGUAUUAUUUUUUCAUAAGGUUUUACGGUACAGUUUCUAGAUUUGAGUUAAUUAUAAUUUUACAAAGAUGAUGCCAGGACGGAUUGGACAUCUGCCUAUAGCAGCUGAGAACCCUUUGGGUCUUUCUUGGCAUGAUUCUGCUUGGAUACCGUCUUUAAAUCCAUCAAAUAUAAUGGACUAUUUUUCUGAAAGAUCAAACCCUUUUUUCGAUCGCACGUGUAAUAACGAAGUCGUUAAAAUGCAACGGCUUAGCAUGGAUCAAUUACAAAAUAUGACAGGACUUGAAUACAUCUUGCUACAUGUACAGGAACCUAUUCUUUAUGUAAUUCGUAAGCAACAUCGACAUAGUCCAGUUCAAACCAUUCCACUAGCAGACUACUACAUUAUUGCUGGUAUAGUUUACCAAGCUCCUGAUUUGGCUAGUGUUUUGAACUCGCGAUUAUUAUCUGCAGUUCACCAUCUACAGUGUUCGUUUGAAGAAACUAUGACAUACUCUAAAUAUCACCCAAGUAAAGGAUAUUGGUGGGAUUUCAAACCAAAUAAAUCAGGCCCUUUUAAUAUGGGACAAUCUGCUCCAAAAGAAGUUGCCAGUACACCUAAAGAGGAACCUUCAACAUUGUUCCAAAGACAGAGAGUGGAUAUGUUGUUAGCAGAAUUAGUGCGACAAUUUCCUUUACCGGUUACGCAAACAGCAAUAAAUCAGAAUGGUGUUACAGUGAAAACAGAAAAUUCUAAUGAUAAGAGUUCAGAAAAGGGUGGAGAGGGUAACUUAAACAAUAUACAAAUCAAGCAAGAACCCAUGGAUCCUAUUAGCUCAGAUAUGACUAACGGUAAUAUGCAAGGACAUAUGGAAAUUAAAACUGAAAUUAAACAAGAAAAUAUGAAACCUCCACCAGAAAAGAAACCAAGAAUAUAAACUUUUGUUUAAAUGAUAUUGAAAAAAAUCAAAUGAUAUUGGAAAUCACAAAAAAGUAUAAAACCAA